UCCUCGUCUCCAACUUCUGAGUCCGAAUGCAGUCAAUGACCGAGUCCAAGUCCAAGUCCGAGUCAUCAGUGCUCAAGUCCAAGUCAAGUCACAAGUCCUGAAAAUCAGGACUCAAGUCGGACUCGAGUCCGAGUCCUGGACUCGAGUACACUGAGUCUUUUACUCCUCUGAUUGCUCUUUCAACAAGAAUUUGAAGCUGAUCUUUGGCUUGUCUUUUCAGGGUAUCUUCUUUGCUGAAUUGCGCUGCGGUUUUAACAGGGGGUAUGAUCAGCUUUGAUCCACAGUCAGCCAGCAUCUCCCAGCUCCAAAGGACGGUGAGGAAUGAAAUUGCCCCGGGACAGAAAAAAAGAAAACCGGAUGAAAGGGAAAAGGUGGCCUGGGGUGGAGUCAACGGCACACAACACGGGUCUAACGUGAGUUCAGCUUCAGCUAUUCUGCCUCUCUAUCAAGUCCUUUUAUACGGUCGGGAAGGACUUUUAUCGAGACACCCUGGGAUGAAAACAAGCCGUCUGUACUUUUACCUUAGACAAUAGUUCUUCCAGCCGACGGAGGACCGGAGAAACAGCAGCAUGGGGGUGUAUGAAGAGAAAAAGGAAACAUGUGGAACCAUCUGCCUGAAAUAUCUCCUUUUUACUUUCAACUUUCUUUUCUGGCUGGCAGGGGGCGUAGUGAUGGCUGUGGGUGUUUGGACCUUGGUUGAAAAGAGCGACUACAUCAGCCUCCUGUCCUCAAAGACCUACGCUGCCUCCGCCUACAUCCUGGUCCUGGCUGGAGCUAUUGUCAUGGUAACAGGCGUGCUGGGCUGCUGUGCCACCUUCAAGGAGCAGAGGAGGCUGCUGCGAGUGUACUUUGUCUUGCUGCUGUGUAUUUUCCUUUUGGAAAUCCUGGCUGGUGUCCUGGCUUACAUCUACUACCAACAGCUGAAUGAAGAGCUCAAGCAGACCUUGAGGGAGACCUUGGUUAAGAAGUACCAACAGAAAGACCAGGACCACAUCACCAGGGCUGUGGACAAGUUGCAGCAGGAGUUCAAAUGCUGCGGGAGCAACAAUUCAUCCGACUGGGCUGAGAGCACCUGGAUCCGCUCCAGUGAGGCAAACGGCAGGAUGGUGCCUGACAGCUGCUGUAAGACCCUCACUGAGGGCUGCGGCCACAGGGACCACCCCUCCAACAUCUACAAGGUGGAGGGUGGCUGCAUCACUAAGUUGGAGAACUUCAUCUUGGACCACCUGAAGAUUAUUGGAGCGGUGGGCAUUGGGAUUGCCUGUGUACAGGUCAUAGGGAUGGUGUUUACCUGCUGCCUCUAUCGAAGCCUGAAGGCAGAGCCUUACUAAGGAAAGAAGAAUGUUUUUAUUUUUCUGUGGAAGAGAGAGGUAACUUGUCUUCCCCACCACAUCCCAUGCUCAAGUAGCCUUAGAUUUAUUUCUCUGCUGUUCAGAUAGAGGAGAGAAAACUAGCUGUAGAUUAAGUGCAACCUUUGAAGAUCUUAUUUUGGCAAGCAGAGGUUGGAAAUAAACUACAAGAUGUUUUUGAAGUAAAUAUGGCACCCAAGUUGCUGUCCCAACCAGAUCUUCAAGAUCAGUGUAGUCUGAGAGAAGCUGUGAUGGGCCACUCUCACACUUGGCUCUGGAUAUUUGAGUGGGACAGCCCAUAUGGGGCUAAAAAAAUUGUAGUGUUCUUCAUUCCAACUGAUUUCUUAAUGUAAAUGGCUGUGGGCCAAAGAGACCAGAGAGUUGUACACAGGUCUGUGGACUGAAACUGUACUGUGCUGUGCACUAACAGAUUAUUUACCAGCAUAAUUUUACAAACUAGAGACCACCUCUGGGCUCCGUCAUAACCACAACAACACUUAAUUUCCAUUUCAAGUACCCAACCGUGCAUUUUAAUUAUUUGUUUUUUUUAGUGGUUUUUAAAUCUUUGAACUACAUUUUUGGGGUUUUGUAAAUUAUGUUUUUCCGGUAGUGAUUGAGGUGCUUCCCUAUGAACUAUUUUUUUUUCUAAUUCAUUUCCUAAUUUGUGGUAAUUGCAAUAUCAGUGAGUAAUGUCAGCCUUUUUUCCAAUCAUUGCUGCUUCAUUAUGUAAACACAACAUGUUGAGAGCAACAUACCGAAGUAUCAGCUGCCGCAAAAAAAAAGUGCCUCAGUGCUUUGCUCCAGGGCACAGUGCCAGAGGUUGACUACUGUGUAAUGCAUUGCAGACAGCCUCUUUAUUGCCAGUGUGUAUCAGUUUCACUACUUACCCACCUUGGCACGAGGAUUCAUGCUUGCAAACGUCAGAAUAAUGCUCAGUCGGCCUAAGGUCACGGUAGCCACAAGGAAUUAGAGUUGAUGUUGUAACGUUUUCCUUGUUAUGUACGACUACAGUCAUGAUACGAUAACGCAAUGCCAACAAUAAUAUUGUUCAUACGAAGGUGCCUCUUUUUAUUUCUUAAUGUUAUCUUUUUAUAUGAGGGAUCGAUCCACUGAUGCCAAAGUUCAUAACAGUAACUUUGCUUAAGGUCCUACUGUAUCAAAUGCUCUGCUAUCCUGUUACGUCUUCUGAUGUCUAUUUAAUCAAGAUUUUGUUUACUUUUCGUAUAAACCGUAAAUAUUGUUUUAUUUAACAGACUUUUACGGGAGAAUGAUUGUCACUUACUGCUGGUAUGAGCUAUUCCAACGUGUGCCUCAAAAAGAUAUCACUGAAUCCAAAAAAUCCUUCUGUAUUUCUGCAUCUUUGUGAUAAUUCACCAGAUGUUUUAGUUUGAAUAAACACAACUCGACACGAGA